CUGGCUCCUGAACAGGCCCAAGGACGGUUGCGAAUCUCUGCAGCGGCGACAGUUGUGAUACUUUUACCCUCUCCACCGACGCUUUCGACGUCAUCGCCAAACACGACGCCGGCCGUGUUCAGAUCACCUACAAACGCAGACUGCGGACGAUGGCGAGGCGGUUGCGGACGAGGCCAAGGCUGGCGCUGGUGUGACCGACGCAUGCGCAGUCGAACGCGAUGCAAGUUGCUUCAGGGAGAGAGAACGAGAAAAGAAACAGCCGGACAGUCGGAGCAGCGGAGGAUUAUUCCAGUCGGACUCGAUCGGAGCGGGAGCGGAUGCAGGGGUGUGUAG